CAUGGUUGUUUGUCAAGGUCAGAAAUGAGGAAGACAUUUACUAUUAAUCUUGUGAAAGCAGUGUGUGAAAUGUUUUCAGAAUGAAGGCAGUGACCAAUCUCAUAGGUGUGGCUAAGGUAUAAAAGGCUGGUAUUAAAACCCUGCACAUCCCUGCAAAAAGAAGGACUUGAAGAUUUAUCCAGAGGGAUUAUAAUGGCAGCAAGAAAAGAUGUCAAUGAAACACCAGGAAAGGUGUUUAAUGAUCCCAUCCAUGGUCAUGUGGAGUUACACCCACUUCUUGUCAAAAUCAUUGACACACCUCAGUUCCAGAGACUACGAAACAUCAAGCAGCUUGGAGGGGGCUAUUUUGUUUACCCUGGAGCAUGCCACAACCGCUUUGAACACUCCAUCGGGGUGGCAUACUUAGCAGAAGAACUUGCAAAAGCUCUGCAAUCAAGGCAACCAGAACUCAACAUAACUGAUAGAGACAUCCUUUGUGUCCAGAUUGCAGGUCUUUGUCAUGACCUGGGACACGGGCCCUUUUCUCACCUCUUUGAUGGGAGGUUCAUUCCUGAGGCACUGGGAAACCGAGACUGGAAGCAUGAGGAUGCUUCUAUAGAAAUGUUUGAUCACCUGGUGGAAUCUAAUAAUCUGAAAGAAGUGAUGGAGAGUUAUGGAUUGGUCCUUCCAGAUGACCAGCUCUUCAUCAAGGAGAUGAUUAACGGUUCUCUAAAGGAUCCUCAAGCAGCUCAGGCUGAGUGGCCGUACAAAGGACGCACGAGGGACAAGUCCUUCCUCUAUGAGAUUGUGUCCAACAAGAGAAACGGCAUUGAUGUGGACAAGUUUGACUACUUUGCCAGGGACUGCCACCACCUGGGCAUCCAGAACAACUUUGACCACUGGCGUUUCAUAAAGCUUGCCAGGGUUUGUGAGGCGCAGGGGGGGAAGCAAAUCUGCUCCAGAGACAAGGAGGUGAGCAAUCUGUACAACAUGUUCCAUACAAGGAACUACUUACACAGAAGAGCCUACCAGCACAGAGUAAAAGUGAAUAUAGAGAUCAUGAUCAAAGAUGCCUUCAUGAAAGCAAAUGAUCACAUCAAGAUUCGAGGUUCAAAUGGGAAGAUGUUCAAACUUUCUGAGGCCAAAGAUGACAUGGAGGCCUACAGCAAGCUGACAGACCACUUGUUUGACAACAUACUCUACUCUGAAUCCAAAGAAGAAUCCAAAGGAGAAUCAAAAGAAUCAACAAAUCUUGCAAGAGAGAUUCUUCACAGGAUCGUCUCUCGAAAACUGUACAAGCUUGUGGGUAAAGCCAAGAAUAAGGACCAUCCAGAAAGGAAAAUAGAAACAGCUACUAUUGAAACUUUGAAACAGGAACUGACUGAGGCUGGAAUUCCACCUGAUGACUUUGAAGUUGUUGUCAUCACUUAUGACUAUGGGAUGAAAGACAAGGACCCUCUUGCCAACACAUAUUUCUACAGAAAGGAGAACCCGAACAACGCAUACCCAAUCCACCCAAACCAACUGCCCAGAUUUCUUCCAGCGCGUUUUUCUGAAAGCAUCAUUCGGGUUUACUGGAAGAACAUCGAUGAGACAAAUCUGAAAACUGCCAAAGACAAGUUUCGUGGAUGGUGCAGGAGCAAGGGAUUUCAAGUACUGAGGAACUUGGACGAUGAAGCUGAAGAUGAAGUUCAAAAAUGAAAAAGGAAAGAAACACUCUCACUCUGGUACAGUGAGAGUGAACAUGAUGAAAAGCAUUAAUGUACAAAAACUCUAAUAUACUUGACACUGUUUUAACACCUUAAAGAAAUCAGAAGAGUAUAUACACAUGAAUUAUUACUUAUUCAGGCCUGUACUCAGCUUUUAUAGACCCAGUAUAUCUUUAUUUCAGUGGGAUCAUCCUUUAUAUGACACAUAUACAAUAUAUAACCAAAUCACUACUUUAAUUCAGGUAUCAGUCACAGACUUGUUUCUAUGUUCUCAGGAACUGUGAGGCUUUUAAAAGAGGUGAACCAAAUGUGCGACAGAGUCAUUUAAUGUGAAUAUUUAGUUUGUGUUUGGGGUCUAAUUAUUAGUUUUUGGUUUUAAUGUUAAAUAUAAUAUUCAAUGUGUAAUUUUAUGAAAUAUUGUGAUUGGGGUUUUCAUCACAUUCUUGUUUGUAAAUUAGUCACUGUUCAUUGUUACUGGCUUCUUAAUAUGAAGAAAUGAGACAUCAUGGGAAGCAAAAGGAAAUAAGAUCAUAAUCAUUCAAACUCAAACCAUUAUAUAUUACUAUCAUACCUUCACUGUAUUAAAUCCUAAUAGCUCAGCUCACAUAUAAUUAAGGCAUAGUUUGUGUAUUCUUGUGAUGGGCUCACUUUUGAGCCUUCGAAUUGUACUCCGGUUCAGAUGAUCAGUGGUGUCUGGUUGAUUUACAAUAAAACUCUG